CUACAACAAUCAGUUUCCCUUUCCUUGCGAGUGCGCUGCGUUGCCUUCGUGUGUAUGCGGAAGCGAUGUCGAGCAUGGCCUCCUGCGACGCUCCGGCCCUCCAGGUGGUUGUCCCUGAGGCCGAGCAGAAGCCGCCGCCUUCUCUGAAACCCUGCUGCGCCUGCCCGGAGACCAAACGGGCGCGGGACGCCUGCAUUAUCGAAAAAGGCGAGGAACACUGUGGCCCUCUAAUUGAGGCUCACAAGGAAUGCAUGAGAGCCCUGGGUUUUAAGAUAUGAACAAGCUGAACCAUGGAACUGAAUUUGUGGUGAUUUGCUGUUGAAUGACUGGUAUGGGGACUCUGUUACCAUGGCUGCCUGAAUAGUUUUCUAAUGCUGCUAUGAGAAGAUAAAUCUAUUAAAAAUAUAUAUUUAUGAUGGAUUUCUAAACCACAACAA